AAUGUAAGAAGAGAACAUGGCUGAGGGUGGUCCUCAAAACCAGCAGCAAACUGUAUUCAACAUUAAUAUUUAUAGUGCGCAAAACCAAAGGGAAAUUAUACAAACAAGGAAUACAGCGACAACGAAUAAGGUUGUUGCAAAGCAUAUUGGGCUGGUAAAUAUUCAACAGGCAGCAGCGCAACAGGAUGCUCAAAAUGUCGGACAACAACCGGAAGCUGACAACGUCCCACCAGAUAAUAUUGCUGAGGGUGUCGACGCCUUGAAUUUGUCCACAAGAAAUCCCGAAGUUAAAAAAAGUGACGAAAAUAAAAGGAAAGGUGAUUUCAGGGACCAACACAUUCUAUUGAAAUCUACAAAGGACAAAUCGACCCGACGAAAAAGAAGGGCGCCACCGCCGCCUCCCAGUACGUCAGCAUGUAGAAUUUGCGCAGGACGUGGGAAUAACUCUUUGAAGAUUUCGAUUCUUCGAAAAAAAUCAAUCAAGUUAUUCGACGAGUCUAAUUAUGAAGAAGCAGUCCCGAUCUUAGAAGAACUGGCAACCCUACAAAACCAUCAGGAUUUGGAUACAGUACUUCCAAUGAUCGAGUGUUUUAUACAUCUCGGCAGAAGAAACGAAGCGGAAACGGCUAUUGGCAAUCUCAGAGAUAUAUCGAUGACGUCAUCGAUAACCAGCGCGGAUGACGUCGAAGCCUUUGCUACUGACUUGAUUUCGAACUCCGCUCACAUUAGCGCUAUAAUAUUGCUUCAAAUAGCAAGCGAUAUGUACAAGGCUAGAGUAACAUCCCCCGACGAUGCAAUAAAUCGAAUUAGACUUUGUAUUAAUAAGAUGUAUCAAGCCAUAAAGCCAAUGAUUGAAGUCGGUGGUCGAUCUAAAACUAUAGCAUUAGAUUACGGCAUAGAAUACAUGACAGAAAUGCUGGAUGAUAUUCGCGUAAUAGAAAACGCUGAUCCGGUUAAUAAAGCAUUGAGUGAGUCUUCGUGCUUACAAUUCAUAGGAUCUAUCUAUACCCUGGCAGAUGAAUAUGAGAAAAGUAUAACACUAUUUAUCAGCGGACUCGGAGUUCUUGAUCAACAAUUCCGUUCAAAUGCUUCAAAAUAUCAAAUAUACGGUUUAUCCUUGCAUAAUAUCGGACUAAACCAUCAUGAUCUGCAGGAAUAUAAAGAAGCAGAUUAUUAUUAUAUUAAAGCCAUUGAAGCUUAUAAAAAUGCCACUGAUUAUGAGAAUGAAGCUGAUAGAAAGAAAGAUAUUGAGUUGGUAGAUACCGAUCAGAAAAACACUCGCGCUCGCAAACUCACCCUGAUAUCCACACACAUCCGCACCGGAAAAUCUUAA